AUGCUUUUCACUUGGGAUUGGCACAACUCAUGUGUAGUGUUUAAAUGGUGGCAUGUUCGGUCUCCAUUGAGCUUUAUUUUCUCGCUCAUAGCUAUCGUUUUGGUUUCUAUGGGAUAUGAGUGGUUAAAAACAAUCGGCAAGGAUAAUACUGCUGCCAUAAAUGGACCUUUGCGUCCUGUUCCAUCAAACAAAUGGAAGCAUUCAGUCUUGUAUGGUAUCCAAGUAGGCUAUUCUUUCAUGCUUAUGCUUGUGUUUAUGACAUAUAACGGCUGGUACAUGUUGGCGGUGAUUUUUGGAGCAAUUAUAGGCCAUCAAACGUGGGGCGGAGAGGGCCGAGGAAUGGCGUGCCAUUGA